AUGUGUGUGACGCUCACCAACCCCUGCCAGAUGCUGUACGCGGAGAAACUCCUCGGCAUAACAUGCAUCACUUGCAUCAAGCUCUCAUUGCUAGCCUUCUUCCACACCCUCUUUUCGGUCUCGGACACCUUCCGGUGGUGUAACUGGGGCAUGGUUAUUCUUUGCAUAGCCUGGUGGCUUGUCUUCAUGAUCGUGAACAUUUUUAUGUGCCGCCCGAUCCACAUGAUGUGGGACUCAAUAGUAUCCACCGAAUACUGCAUCGCCAGAGGACGUCUCUGCCUCAGCAUGGGAGUGUCCAACAUCAUACUGGACGUCAUGAUUCUUUGCCUGCCUCUGUCCAUGUUAAAGGCCCUGCCGCUGACAUUCGGUCAAAAAUGCCAAGUCGCGGGCAUUUUUCUUCUGGGUAGACUGGUUUGGAUUGCCAGUAUGGUCCAGUUUGCCUACAUCUGGGAUCCAACGGAUCCUCAGUAUGUGCGCGCCCCGGAGACAUGUCUGUAG